UCUGUGUACACUGUACAGUUUGGGAAUAUAAUAAUGUGAUUCAGUGAAAAUGACGCGUUUGAUAUUUGUAUUGUUAUUUAUUUGCAUGUUAGAAAUAUCAUUACAGAAGUCGAGAGUGGAAGACGACAGCUAUGUAGCAGCGGUCGUAGAGUUUGAGGUCACAGAAAACUCUUCCGUGGCCCUAAAUAAAUACGUACAAUAUAUUAAAAAUGCAGCUGAACAGAAUGCGGAUAUCAUAGUAUUCCCUGAAAUGACGUUACUUAGGAAAUUAGAAAUUGUAAAAGUACCUAUCAAAGGUCUCCUGCGAGAGUAUCCCAUACCAGCUCUACAUCCUGAUUUAUAUGAUGAGCCAAUCGUAGCUAUAUCCAGAGCUGCCAGAGACAAUAAAAUAUACGUAGUUAUCAAUGUACAAGAGGAAAUGGAUUGCAAUAAUGCGCCAGGAGAGUUUUGUCCUGAGAAAAAUGUCUACCGGUUCAACACUAACGUCGUUUUUGACCGUACUGGCGCCGUUAUUGACAGAUACCGAAAAAUCAAUUUAUUCGCCGAGUGGUCACGCUUUCCAGCCCUUCGACCUGAACUGGGUCUCUUUGAUACGGAUUUCGGAGUACGUUUUGGCCACUUUAUUUGUUUCGACCUCAUGUUCCAAGUGCCAGCCAUUCAAGUUGUUGAAAAGAAUAAUAUCACGGACGUAGUUUUUUCCACGAUGUGGUUUUCGGAGAUACCUUAUUUGACAGCGGUGCAGAUUCAAGAGGCGUAUGCUUACACCAUGAAUGUGAACUUUCUAGCAAGUGGAGCCAAUAACAUUGCCGUUGGUACUGCUGGAUCAGGUAUUUACUCCGGAAAAGCAGGCGCCUUAAUUAGUGUGAUGCCAGGCGUACCUACUACACGACUUCUCGUUGCCAGAGUACCCAAAGUGCCAGGGAAGGUAUCAGGUAAAUAUCCCGGUCCGAUCUACGACAAUCCUACGGAUAAAGACGACUUAUUUCUUCUCAAGGAUCCGUCAUUACUGACUCGUAUCUCUAAAAUAUUGACUCCAGGCUUCCAAGAGAUCAAUCUAGUAGAUAAGGAAGUAAGCUGCAAAAUUACUGGAAGAAUCAAACAAAAGGAUGGAGAAAAUAUACCUCAGUAUCGUGCAUUUGUGCAAGACAGAAGUAAUACCUACGCGAAACGAAAGAUUGGAGUUGCUGCUUGUGCGGUCGUCGCUUGCAAGGAUAAUGAUAUAAACAGCUGUCCUUAUAGAUUUUCGAAAGACGAAUUGAACGUUGAAUUUGAGGAACUCCGCAUAGAGAUGACUACAUACCGUCACCAGUACAACCAAUCUUUGGACUGUGAUGACGUAGUUUACUUUCCCAAUUCUAUACGAAACAACAAAUUCCCGCUUAGUUCAAACAAUUUUACGUUUCUCGAUUCGACACAAAAUGGCGCUCGGAAUACAAAUGGCGGGAGAGGACGUGUCAUCUAUGAAUUGAAAUCGAGACAAAACGAAUUGGUUUCGUUCGGUAUUUGGGGAAGAAUUUAUACCAAGGACGUGAAUACUAUAGGAGAGGUUACUGAAGAGGACUUAAAUCAUUAUAAUGAAAUUGAGAAUAUAAUCUAUGGUACAAAAAAUAAAAAUGAAGAUGUUUAUACAGUUGACAAAUUGGUGGUUGGCGUUCAUUCAUGAGUAAUAUGUGUAUAUCUAUACAGAGAUUUGUCAGACAGACGAUUAUAAUUUUGGUUUGAAGAGUCUCUCUCAAUUCCGUACUCUACGUAGAUAUUCGAAUCUACAUAGUUAUUUCAUUUAAGCAGGAUUAUUUGCAUACUUCUUCCACUAUAUACUAUCAGAAGUAUAUAAACAUACAAAUUAAUAAUGAUACAAACAACUGUAUAACUGAUCUGAUCUGAUCAACUGAAGACUGAUAUACUGUUAAUAAAAUUGAAAUAAAAUGAUUACCUUCAAUUUACAAUGUAUCAAUGUACUACUAUAAGAAUCUAAAUGAAACAAUCAUAAGCUAAGCAGACAUGAAUAUAAAGCAUAGAGUAG